AUGUCAUUUUCACUCGGCAUUUUUGUAAUUUUUGUUAUUGUUGAAAUUACUUUACUUUGUAGGUGUUUGUUCCGUAACAAGUUUUCACCAUCACCGCUGCGACAAUCUCAAAUGGACGAAUGGCUUCGUUCGUUUUCAUCAAUACAGUCUUCACCAGAUAUAUUGCCGCUGGAUGUUGUAGGCGGCGUGGUAUUUUCAAAUUCAUCGCGGCAAUCUGAGAUAAAUGAAUGGUUCCAAUCUUUAUCGCCCAUCUCCCCUAGUGUGCUAAACAUUAUAGUACGGCCCCAGGUACUCCCGGAAUUUGACGUACUAAUUUUCGGGAGGAUAUCAAAUACCACUCAACCCAGCCAAAAUGCUACUGAUUGGGCUGAGGAUGGGUAUAAUGAUAUCCUGGAACUACACAUGAUGGCACAUGAAGCAGUAUGGAGCGAUGACGAAGUUUUAAAUAUGGAUACUAACGAAGACGAAGAAUUGAAUCGACAUAUGGACGAAUACGAGGGGAAAAACUAA